AUGUUGGAAGACGACUUCGACAACCGGCAUCAACACCAGCACAAGAAGCUUCGCAUCUUAAGUAGCCCGCUUGUCCGGCGUACAAGUAGACUUGGUCACCGUGGCUCGGCUCACGGAGGCAGCUGGUGUCGCAUCGAGGAUGGCCACGACGAGUCCAACAGCGAGAAUCAACAACAUAACCAAGACUACGACCUGCCGCAUUUCCAACGCCACGAAGAGCCAACGCUUCUAGAAAUAUUCUACGAUUUGUUCUUCGCCGCGAACUAUAAUGUCUUUAAUGAUACCCAGCAAGUCACCGGCCAGACCAAGUUCAAAGCGUCUGUUGGAUAUUUCUGGGCCAUUCAACUCGGCGUCUUGGUCGGCUUCGUGGUCGUCGCUCCAAAGUUUAACCCCAACGACCAAGAUCUCGACACAAUGCGCGCCAUGUCUCUCAUUCUCUGCUUCUCGCGGGCAUGUCUAGCCGUCGAGUAUGCGUCGACGCUGUGGCAUGUGCGAAGAUAUAAAAAGGCCCAUGUGCCACUAUACCAGCAAAUUGCCCUCCACGCCGUCGCCUCGGCCAUCUAUCUCGGCGUCACUUUCCGCUUUACAGAAGAGAAGCAGAGCAGGGUGUACAUGACGUGGUACUUUAUCGCAGGCGGCGAAGCCAUCCUCAGUCUUUUUCUGUCUAAUCUAUCCCCUGUCGCCAGUCUCACCAAGACACACUUGAUGAAGCGAAUGACACUCUUGACUGUCAUGAUAAUGGGUGAAGGCAUCCAACAACUGGCCAAAGAAGUCGUAACCAUUGUCAAAAACCCAACCGCAUGGGAUUCUACGACGAUUGGUCUCGUGACAGCAGGCACCACGACAAUCUACUUGGUGUUUCUGGUCUAUUUCGACUGGUUGAGGGACUCGUUCUAUCUUCCCCGCCUCCGCCAGCAGCUUUGGACAAGCUUACACCUGCCAUUCCACCUCGCCCUGGUUUUAUUCAUGCAGGGCUUCACGCAAUAUCUCUUGUGGUCCAAGAUAACCAACGAGGCGAAACGGGCGCUCGAAGUUGCUGAUCCAUCAGACGACGCCAAGGCACUGACGAGCGUAAAUGUCAAAGAUUCUAUCAACGCCUCGGUCCAGGCCUACUUCCAAGAUUACCCACCUAAAAUUUCUAGCACUUUUGAAACCGUCGACCAAGCAUUGAACAAUAUCACCACCAUGUCCGACAGUUUCUGGCCCUUGUUCUUGAACGGUAGUGUGCCGUCAGACCUCAGCUCCGCGCCACCGGGUUACGAAGCCGACUUGACGACGAUUAGCGACUCUUUUAUCGCUUUAUUUCUCGCCAUGAAUAACGCUCUAUUUGCGGCAUUCGGCAUUAACCUGGAUGAAGACGUCUCCAAGAAAUACCCCACAGAGGCUAAAGAGGUUAAAAACGGCGGAUAUCAGAUGCUGAUACAGGACAAGACGAUGAACCGGUAUAGGCUAGUGUUCGCGUACGGCUACAUCGCUGCGGGAUGUACGAUUGUCCUGAUGGUUCUUCUGACCAUCAUCGCGCGCACCACUCCAUUUAAACCGUGGCCAAUAGCGCGUCUUGCCAUCAUUCUCCUCCUGGGUCUGGGCACCGGCCUAGUCGCCACUUUAUGGUACGAGCCAGAAGACAGGCUCGAGGAGUUCCUGUGGUCGCCGUGGGUGCUGCCAACCAUCACCUUUGUCUGGGCCGCCAUUUUCAUCUUGACGCAUCUGAACGGCCAAGGCAUCAAGCGCAACAAGGACCGCUUAAGGCGCCGUAAAGCCGGUGGUUCGUUGCGCAACGAGGCUGAUAUGGCCAUGACGCCCUCUUCGCAGUGGAGCCAGGGCCACAACAAGAGCACCGCCUAUGGCCGCAGCUCUGAGACACAGUCGCGAACGCAGGCUUUGUAUCAUUCUGUUGGCGCCGGGCAAAGUGAACAAGAUGAUAAGAAAUAG